UCCAUUUAGGUAGAGCGACAUCAGCAGUGCGAGAGAAAGGUGCUUUACCACAAUGAUUAUACAACUGGCUGCUUUGACUCUACUGUGGACUGUGUGUAAGUACGAAUACUGCUGUGAGAGAAUUUACUAUUUUAUAUCAAAAAGAGCAGUGUGGUUAUUUGCAGUGAGCAAUGUUAAACUUGAUGUUCGUUAUUGUUGCUGUGUUGUACCUCUGUAAAUGUUUGUCUCUUUUCUUCAGCUCUGGUUCGAACCGGGGAAGUUCCUCACACCAUCCCUGUCAAAAUGGUUGAUGUUGGCGGCAAUUUUACCCUGGAAUGUCCAGUCUCUCAGGGGAGCAAAUUUCUUUACUGGCAUAAGCAGCGCUUUGGAUACAUAGCUCAAACUAUUGCUUCACGAGCACAGGGUAAGAUAAGCUUAAAUGCACCAUUUACAGGCUCCCGUUUUAACCUAACAGAAAAGGGAGAUCAUCUUUUGCUCACCAUUAGAAAUGUCAGCAAAGAGGAUGAAGCGACUUACUUUUGUCAAGAUGGAUCAGCAUUUGCAUCCAAUUUCACGAACGCUGUCUUCCUUGCUGUCAACGGUAAAUAUCUUUUUCUCUUCGUUUGUGCUGAGCUCAAAAAUCACUAAUGUUUCAAAUCACAUGAAUCUUUCAAUUUAUGGAAAGCUUGUGACACAUUUUUUUAACUGAUCUGCACAGAUACUCAUCCAGAGAAGUCCCUCAAUGUGCUUAAUCUGGCAGACUUAGUCAGACUCCGGUCUUCAUGUCCCCUUUGUAACAAAGAAAAUGGAGUGAAGUGUCCUGGUGAAAAUGGUGGGUACUCGUUCAGAGGUGGAUUAGCAGGGUUAUGUCCAGGAUUCAUUCACACUCAUGAGAACAGGAGUGUUAAACAAGCAGAGAAGUUUUAAAGAUGCAUAUUUGUGUUAAUCCAGAUUACUUAUACUGUUUUCACAAAUGUUCAUGAAUGACUUGAUGCCUGUUUCUUUUAGGACCUGACUUUUGGGAAUCGAAGAUGGGCCUUGUUAUCCUUGUGCUGGGAGUACUGUUGACCUUCUGCGUGACUGUGAUCGCUGUCCUUAUUUUCCAUGUUAAACAAAGAGGAGUUUGUGAACAAAGCAAAGGUAUGUUCUCAGAAUUUCCUUAUUUUCUUUACUUCCUCCUCUUCUGGUGAGUGUGGCAGGUUAGCGUCCGCAUGACUGUGCUGUUGCACGUUGUCCCAGUCCGGUAGUGAAGCAGACAUAGCCUACAUACAAUUUAUCUUCAUCUGAUAGAUCGAAAAUAUUGGCAAACUUAGUAGUGCUACAAGAAGCCACUCUUCAUCUGUGCUUGUUUACUUCCAGGUGGUAGAGGAUCAAUUUUUUAUUUGAUUAUAUAUGAGAAACUAUUUGAUGGAUGAGAGACGAGGGUUAAAUUCAAAGGAAACAUGACAAAGAGACGCACAGAGGCAAAUAGAUGGUGAGCUAUGGCAACAAUCUACCACAGCUAGACAUGUCGAUCGUCUGAUUCAAGAAGUUAUGGGUAUAAAAUUUCAUUUUAAUGAAGUGUCAAGUUGUGUUUUAACAGACUGUAUCGUGGACUAGUCUCAGCACCCACAGAGUGGCUCUGAAGCCCAAGAGUGGCAGUUGUCCGAUUGAAAAUAAAAAUAAUAAUAAUAAUAACUGAAAACAGAGGUUUACAAAGUGCUUUGACAGAGAGUGAAAGCAGAAAACGGGAUAGCAGAUAUAAAAAAGAUAUUAAUAAUAAUAAAAUAAUAAUAACAGAAACAAAACAGUCAUGGUAAUAAUAGUAAUGAUCAGAUAGAAUAACAGAAAUGAGAAAGAGAUAAAACAAUAAAUAAAACAUUAAAAGCCUAAGAGGAUAUCAAAGAAAAGAUAAAAGGUGUAACAAAAGCUAAAAUAGACAGUAAAGCCGAAUUGGAAGAGAUAAAAGAGAAACUGAUAAAAGAUAAAAGACGGCAUCACAUAAAAACGAGUCCGUAAAAGUGAGCUUUUAAAAAUGACGUAAAAGAAACAACUGAAUCUGCACGCCUUAUCUCCUCUGACAGGUGGGUUGAUGCAAAUAUCAUGUUGGUAGUUUUUACAUAAAAAAAAAAAAGAAAACACACAAUUCAGUAAUUCAAACAGCAGGUAAAAAAAACACAAGCUACAUGAACCUUUCCUCAAACUGUGAGAAAGACUUAGCUUUUGGAUCUCUGUCCAGCCAUCUGCUAUUAUAAAAACAGAAAUGUAUUAUUCCAUGCAUGUAACAAUAUUAUAUAAAGUUGAUCAGAUCAAUAAAUAGGUCUUUCAACCAACCUUUAAACAGGCAAAGCAGACAGCGGCCAUGUCUGGUGUCGAUCACACAAGUCAGCCAUGUCCAUGUUGAAGCAAAACUGGUAAUCUUGAAAAAAAAAUAAAACACUCCAUCCUACAGUGUGUAUAAAUACAGUUGUGGGCUGUUUUAACCAGGCGGUAAACAUUUUCAUCUCUGUUGUAAAAAAUCUAUUUCAAUAAAGAUGUUCCUGAGGUUUCAAGCUCAAGCGGUUACUCAACGUUUCUGCAUUUCCACUUCAGCUCCAUCCUUCAGCACAGGGCGUUGAUGCUCUUUAUCCCUCUUUUCAAAGCUGUAGAGAAGUUAAACUGGGGUUUUUGGAAGAAUGUUAAUCCUGUUUAAGGCAAACCAGACUGAGCGAGUCUGGCAGAGACAAAUGGGACUGAAACGUUCAGUUAAUUCAUCAUUUGUUUCCUUUUUCAACAGAGCAUGUGAGAACCUCCCAUCAUCCUGGACAUGACCCAUCAAAUGUGGAUCAACCAAAUAAUAGGGUAAAAAUGUUUCUGUCCAAUAGAUGUGGUUGUUGUAGGAACAGUCCUUGCUUUCAUUAUCUUCCCUUUGUCAUAAACUGAAAAAAAUUAUUUCUCUUUUCAUAAUGGUGUAUCACAGGAGAUGACCUACGCAUCACUAGAUUUUGGCCAAAAAAGGGUUAAAAGAGGGGCUGCUAAAAAGAAGGACACACCACAGGAGUGCGUGUACUCAGCUGUGGUCACAUGACCUGCAUCUCUGGAGCCAAACUAACUGCAGAGUUCAUCGACUUUGUGAGAGACUGCUCGUGUUUGAUUCCCAACUAAAGCCUAAAGCAAUAUAUUUCAAUCAUAGCGUACCAAAAUGUUGUUGCAACAUCCUCUGUUCGCAGGGUUACAUUCUUAUCUGACUUCUUUAUAAAACCAGCAGUCUCCCCCUGCUGGACAUCAAACAAAAUGCAAGUAUGGUCACUUCCUCAUUGGCUUCAUUCUGGACCUGGAAAUCCACGCCCACCUCUUACUUGCAUAUUUGGUAAAAACCUUCACGGUUAUUUGUGACUGUGAGACUCUGAGACACCACUUCAGGUGCUCCUCCAAACCAGUAGUGAGCCGGCCCCUCCUCUGUUAGGUGUGAAAACCUCAGCAGAAAGAUCACAGUGUAUAAUGAAGUUGCUGCUGCUGCUGCUGCUACUGCUCACUUUAACUGAGUGCUGUCUUUGCAUGCAUAUGCUAGAGGGUGGAGGAGGAGGAGCAUCUCUCUUUUUUCCGGGAUUUGAUAGAAAGUCAUUCACCCAUGCGUUUGCAUUUCCUAUUUUUUUCACAUAAUGAAUAUUUGGCCAGUAAAUUGAUUCAUAAAUAAACAAAUAAUCGAUUCCUUUGUCUACAGUCUCUUGUCUGACAAUGACGUAUGGAAAGUUUUGCAAUGUUGUAGUUGGGCUGUAAAACUCAGGUGUGACUCAGUGGGUCCUUUUUCAUCUCCUCUUGUUGGGCCUCUUAGCUGCAGGCGUGCUGCUAAUGUUCAAGGGGAGUUCAGGACUGCUACACCAUUACCACCUCUCAAUAACACCAUGGGGCCUCACAGGAGCAGGUCAACACCCACGCCCUUAUGGUCACACGUUGUCAUGUUUGUUUGCUCGGGCUAUAUUUACCUGCUAUACUCACAAUCUAACAACUCUACCUCACUUGGAGUGACUGAAAAACUGCUUUGGCUUACUCUUUGUGAAAUGGAGGUGAUGCAUUAAAUCUCUUAAAAGUCCAAACUGGGGAAAGUAACCUGCAAACAUUUUCAACAAACUCAUAUCACAACUCAACGUUUCCUUCUUGGUCAACGAAAACCUCAAAGGUUAGUGCUUUGAGCUAAACCACAGAUGCACAUGUGCAGAUGCAGAUAGGCGACCUUGAGUUUAUUGUGCAAAAUAUUCCCAGGAUUUAUUAAUCAUCUCAGAGAUACAGAUCAGUCACAUUCAAAUAUUUUUAUAACAAAUCUUUAAGUUUCUGUAAGUCAAUCAGUUAACAGACUUGAGCUGCCCUCCUCUGUCUUUUUUACACCGUUUCCUCUUCUCGGGUCUUUCACUUCACCACAUAUCCUGUUGAAGUAGGUCUAUUCUGAGUAAACAACCACAGUAGCUGGUCAAAGAGCUGAAAAAAUAGCCCGCCACCGCCUUCACGUGUUUGUGAAGAUGUUGCAUGAGGCAAGUUGCAGAUGAGCUGAUUUCCUGCACAGUGGUCAGAACUACAAAAAAUAAAAACUUUAUCUAUAGAUACUUUAUUUAUCAACUUUGGCAAUCUUUCUUUUGCUUGAGUAUUCAUACUGUUUCUAGUGUUUAUAACGUUUCUAGUUUCACAUGCACCUGUGAAAGAAGCUCAUAUUUCCAGUCAUAAAGGCAGUAAAGAUGAAACAUUUUCUGGACCCAAAGACUUUUCUUUCAUGAAAUUUCAAAUGUAAUCAUGACAAUUAUAACACAACCCUAGGAUAGGGUUAAAAACAGUAUUCCAAUGUUCUGAGCUGCACCUGAUCACAGCUGUCUGCGACACUUUUUUAGCCUUGUGUCCAUCUCCUUGUGAGUGAAAUACAAAAGCUCACAGAUGAAACUCCUGCCUCAACUCCUGCUUCUCACAUGCACUGUAAGACUUUUAUGUAAGACUUUGUUAAACACUGCAAAUUAAAGCUGAACGUGUUAAAAAG